AUGCAGCAAGUAUAAUCACAAAAACCUGCCAUUUUAAUGACAGUCUCUAAGUUCGCGGUCGACGGUACAGCACCAGCAAAAGCCGAAGAAACUAACGUCGAAGAUUUUCAAGAUCAUUUGGUGAAGAACUAACAACUUUGUUCGUAUGUUGUACGAGUUAAGUUUGUAGAAAAUAUACAUCCAUGUAUGACGUUUUGACGGAGUAAUCUUUAAAAGUAAGCUGUAUAUAUUACAUAUGAUAGUGGCAAUUAUAAUUUCAUAUAACUCUCGAGCGAACAAAUCAGACCAACUAAAAUUAUAAAUAUACAGUGAAAGUGUUAAAGCGUUUAACGGGUCCUAAACAUGGCAACUUUAAGCGAGAAUGAACUCUGCUCUAGCGCCCAUUCGCCAAGUUUUUUAAAACAACGAAAGAUCGCUUACGUCGACAAUCCGUUUGACGAACAAGCAUCACAGAGCAUGGCACAAAAAUGCGACAUCAAAUACAUAAACUUUCCACGAAAGAAAAAUGGCGGCAAACAACGGGGAGUGAGUGAAACGUGCGGCCAAAAUGAGGCUGACAAAAAGCGAGAAAUAGACAAAGACGAAUUGUGGCCGUUGGGACAUGUUGUAAAGGGCGAAGGAUUAUCAGCAACAGAGCAAGAUUGGAGUUGCUUAUUUACGCCAGUCCAGUGUCACAUGAAUUCCCCGGCUGGCGAAAUUCAACUCUCGCUGUCUUACGAUCCGUGGUUGGGGAGUCUUAAAGUGGCUAUAAUCAAAGCUAAAGGUCUCACGUGCUCGAUAUGCGCCCGAAAGGCUCACAACAGCGGUAUUAUUUGUGUUGGCACGUUCGUCAACAUUUCACUUUCCCGGAAAAACAAACGAUUGCAGACAAAAAGGACGGAAAUGAAGACGCGAAAGGCCGAAAUAUUUUUCUACGAAAAAUUUUCAUUUCUUGCCCAAAAGGACGAUAUACGGGAUUGCAGCCUGCAUUGUCAGGCUGUUCAUAAAGUGGGCUCCUUCAUAAAACGAGAUCACGUGAUCGGUGAGGUUACGAUUGGUGGAGAUGACGGUUGCGAUGCCAACGGAUUGCGUCACUGGGAAGAGAUGCUUCGAAAACCGAAGAAAAGUGUGACGCAAUGGUAUUAUAUUCAAGAAUAAAUGUGUUUACUCCCCCCCCCGUCUGAUUGGUCGCUGGUACUUUUUUCAGGGGGGAAAUAGAGAUUGAAAUCACGUUCUAAUAAACUAAUAGUUUAAAAUUGAUAAGAUCCCCGUAAAUUGCAGGUUGUUCGAUGAAUAUCCGGGGGGUGGGUUUAUUCACUCUGUAUGUGGGUAAGAUUGAGGGCAUAGCCUUUGUGUUUUUUGUAGUCAUUUAAAGUAGUAAUUUAUGCCAUUUUUGUAUGUCUUGAACUGUAGUUCACGAUUAAUAUUUGUAAACAAAUAACCUGUCAUAGAAAAUGACUGUCCUGAAUAGUAAAUAUAAACCUUAAAA